CACAAACACAAAUACAAAACCUUCUUAAUUGUACUUUUGUACUUUAGCAAUUAUCUAGUUUAUUACAUGGCUUCGUUUUGUUUUAGCAUGACAAGUAAUUUAAUGAUAUGUUUUUCCCUUUUGGUUCUUGUAUCAAUUGGGAGUGCCAAUGCUAAUCUUUCGAAAGAUUAUUACUAUAGUUCUUGUCCAAAACUAUUUGAAACUGUUAAGUGUGAAGUUCAAUCUGCCAUAUCAAAAGAGACUCGCAUGGGUGCUUCUCUUCUGCGUUUGUUCUUCCACGAUUGCUUUGUUAAUGGAUGUGAUGGUUCAAUUCUUCUCGAUGACACAUCAAGCUUCACCGGAGAGAAAACUGCCAAUCCCAACAAAAAUUCGGCCCGUGGAUUCGAAGUGAUCGACAAAAUCAAAUCAGCAGUGGAGAAAGUAUGUCCAGGUGCAGUUUCAUGCGCUGACAUCCUUACCAUCACUGCUAGAGACUCUGUUGAGAUCCUUGGAGGCCCAACAUGGGAUGUGAAACUUGGAAGAAGAGAUGCAAGAACAGCUAGUAAAUCAGCUGCAAACAAUGACAUCCCAGCACCCACUUCAAGCCUCAACCAACUCAUCUCAAGGUUUAAUGCUCUUGGUCUUUCCACCAAGGAUUUGGUCGCAUUGUCUGGGGGUCACACAAUUGGACAAGCAAGGUGCACUACAUUUAGAGCCCACAUUUACAACGACUCCAACAUAGAUACUUCCUUUGCUCGCACAAGGCAAUCAGGGUGCCCCAAGACAUCGGGUUCCGGGGACAAUAAUUUGGCACCCCUUGAUCUUGCAACACCAACAUCCUUUGACAACCAUUACUUCAAGAACCUAGUUGACAGUAAGGGACUACUCCACUCCGACCAACAACUCUUUAAUGGUGGAUCCACCGAUUCCAUAGUGCACGAAUAUAGCUUGUAUCCAAGCUCUUUUUCCUCUGAUUUCGUCACCGCCAUGAUCAAGAUGGGAGACAUUAGUCCCCUCACCGGUUCAAAUGGAGAGAUAAGAAAGCAAUGCAGGAGCGUGAAUUAACCUAUUUAAUUUUUUGUUGGACCAAAUGCAUGUAUCUUUUUAUUUAUAUUUAAGUCUGGACGGAGUAUAUUGUAUUUUAAUUAAGUUUUCUUGUACUUUAUUUUGUUGGUCUCAUGUUUCAAGUAUUGUGUUUUGUCUCAUUAUUAUUUUGAUUCCAAGUGUGAAUGUUGAAGGAUAAAAUUUCUUAUAUUUUAA